CGGCAAACUACAGACUUUCGGCAGAACAGGCUCAGGCAGUGACGUCGGCGGUUGUUGUUGUUUGGCGCGGAGAAGAUGGAGGCGGAUGGCGGGGUCGCUGCCCAGUUGUUGAGGGAGUUCGUCUCCAUCACGGGGGCCAGUGAAAGCGUGGGCAAACACAUGUUAGAAGCAUGCGGCCAGAACUUAGAAAUGGCUGUCACAAUGUUCCUGGAUGGCGGUGGUAUCGCGGAGGAGCCUAGCACUAGCUCUGCAGGGGCGUCCACAGCUCGACCUGCUGCAGAAGAUGAUGUUCGAGCUCCUAUACCACAGAAACAAGAAAUCCUUGUGGAGCCAGAAAUAUUUGGCGCUCCCAAAAGGCGAAGACCAGCGCGAUCAAUAUUUGAUGGCUUCCGGGAUUUUCAAACUGAAACCAUUCGCCAAGAACAGGAACUGCGGAAUGGAGCAGCAGUUGAUAAGAAAUUAACUACCUUGGCUGAUCUGUUUCGACCGCCUAUUGAUCUUAUGCAUAAAGGCAGCUUUGAGACAGCGAAGGAGUGUGGGCAGCUGAAGAACAAGUGGCUGAUGAUCAAUAUUCAGAAUGUGCAGGAUUUUGCUUGUCAGUGCCUAAAUCGAGAUAUUUGGAGCAAUGAUUCUGUGAAGUCUCUAAUACGGGAACAUUUUAUAUUUUGGCAGGUUUAUCAUGACAGUGAAGAGGGACAGAGAUACAUUCAGUUCUACAAGUUAUCAGAUUUCCCAUAUGUCUCCAUUUUGGAUCCUCGUACAGGCCAGAAGAUGAUUGAAUGGCAGAAAUUAGAUGUUAACUCCUUCCUUGAACAAGUUACAGGAUUUUUAGCGGAGCAUGGUCAGCUCGACGGACUCUCCAGCAGCCCACCAAAGAAACGGCUGCGUUCUGAGAGCCUCAUCGAUGCAAGUGAGGACAGUCAGUUAGAAGCGGCAAUACGUGCCUCCUUGCAAGAAACCCAUUUUGACUCUUCAGCCAGUAAACAAAACGCCCGAUAUGAGGAGGAGUCGGACACAGAGCUGUAUUCUGGCAGUGAAGAGUUUAUCUCUGUCUGUGGAUCAGAUCACGAGGAAGAGGAGGAGAGGCCUCCAGAGUCAUUGCCAGAACAAGAGAUUUCCAGCAGUAAAUCUAGGAAGGCCACCUGUAAAACCAUCAAUCACAGGAAAGAUGAUUUAAGUCGGGCAGAGCCAGUUGUAGAAGAAGCAGAUGAAGACUCCUCAAACUACCAGUUGCUACCUGAAACAACUCAUGCGGGAUCUCAAGCUACAAAGGACAAUGUUGGGAAUGAUGAAUCCUCUGAAGACUGUCCUGACACUAGUAACGGUCCCAAAGCGAAGCUCAUGUUGCGAUACCCAGAUGGCCAAAGGGAACAAAUUUCAUUACCAGAAAAGGCCAAGUUAAUGGCCCUGGUUAAGCACGUGCAGCAGAAAGGAUUUCCAAAUGAGAGGUUUGAGCUCCUUACAAACUUUCCACGACGGAAGUUAUCACACUUGGACUAUGAUAUUACGUUACAAGAAGCCGGCUUGUGUCCUCAAGAGACUGUGUUUGUGCAAGAAAGAAAUUGACCACCUCAUGUUACCGUCCCUCCUGUUACUUUGCCAUUCCUAAUAAGAUAUUUUAUUUUUUAUUUUUAUUUUUUUGGUUCUCCAACUUUCUUUUGUCUCGUCCUUAAUGCAUAUUGCUUGGGAAUGGCAGGUAUCAGUGACCUAACAAUGGUCAGCGGAGGCCUAUUUGGGAGAUUUAGUGGUGGAAGACACCAUGAAGGCAGUUUUCAUAUUUUGAAACUUUUCUGUCUUCCACGAAUACUGGAAGAAGCAGGCCUCAUACACCGGUAUCUCCCAAUUAUUUUAGGAAGGUCGGUUUUUUUUUUUUUUUUUUUUUUUAAACUUUCCAUAGUUUAUAUGUUAAUUUGGAACUUCAAGGGGAGUUCCAUCAGUGACUCUUAUUUAUUACUUUUUUCACCUUUUUUUUUAUGUUUGCAAAACCUGCAAAGCAUAAGUUUCAUUUCAGACCUGUCAUUUCAUAUUCAACAUGCUGAUCCUGGAACCAUGACCAUCUCACAUCUGUGUCUAAAUGUGUUACGAAAUGCCAGUAAUAUUGGGGGCAGCUAUGUCUAAUUGUCCAACUCCCUCGGUUAAGAAUCGAUUGGUGGAUUACAGGGCGAGGUGGAGUUUAUCAAGCCCUACACUCCAGAAUUCUGGCUUCAAAAAGUCGCUAAAUAUGGCUUAAUGACUCUUUGGGCUUACUUAGGGAAAAAUCUUGCAACCUCCUGGAAGACCAAAAAUAAAAUAAUUCAGGUUAUGGCAGAACGGUGCCCCAUUUCUAAAUUGGAUGAUUUAUUUAGAGUUAAUAAAGCCGCAUUUACACGACUGAUGUUUGGGCUGAUUAUCUGGAAUGAGCGUUCCUAUGAACACUUGUUUCCAAUAAUCGGCUUGUGUAAAGGUGCCGCAUAUCACCUGAUGAAUGAAAUGAUCUGAGGUGAGGACACUUCAGCGUCUAAACAUUCUUCUGCUGCCCAGUAACAAGGCUUUUGUAGGUGGACUAGCAACAGCCAUCGCUCGUCCUCAUACUGUGGAGGUGAUCGCUGCAUGUCAAUACAUUUCUUCACCUCCACUUUAUGAGCAGCCGAUUGUGGCGUAACAACUCUUCCUUCCUGACAAUCGGCUGCCCCUCGCAGAGUCUAAAUGCAGCUUAAAUCCACUCUUUAGAACAGGUUCUCAUCAUUUUCCAUUUAAAAUGAAUGGAAGCACAGCUUUUGAGUAGCAUAAGGCCUCUUCCAUACAAAGGAUCCGUUCAGGUUUUGCCCAAAAGUUCAGUCAGUUAUGUCUGCGAUUGCAUUCAGUGUUUUGAGAUUAUUAUUUUUUUACCCCACACGGGUGCAAUCAGUUUUUGAUCCAUUUUUCACGCGCAGAAAAAAAAAAAAAAACACUGAAGAAUAACAAACUAUAUCUCGUAGCAUUGCAUCUAGAUGCAAUCUGUUUUUCACUGAAGCCCCAUUCCCUUCUAUGGAGCCAGGGCCGCGUGAAAAAAAUGCAGAAUAUAGAACAUGCUGCGAUUUUUAUUUUAUUUUUUCCCCUGAUGCGAAAUGAGGCAUGAAAUACCUUUUUAAUAAUAAUGGGUCAGGAUUCAGUCCGGAUUCAAUGCGUUAGCUUCACGCAUCUCACUCGGACAGAAAACUUGCUCAUGUGAAAGAAGCUUUAAAGAGUUUGAUUUUUAUUUUAUUUUUUCUUCUCCUAGACACAGUACCACUCUUGUCCAUCGAUUUGUGACUGGUAUUGCAGUCCUGUCCCAUUCACCUGAAUGGAGAUGAUCUGCACUGCAAGGCCAUAGAUAAUAGUGGGGCCAUACCUGCUAGAAGGCAGCCAUGCUUUCAUUAUCCAUCCACCUUACAUCAAAUCAAUUGUGCAACUUGGUCCAUUUCUAAAACGGUCAUGUAGCCUUAGUACUUAGACUGAUUUAUUUUUUAUAAAAACAUUUUAAAUUUGUUUUCCUUCCCUGAGAAUAGAAAACCUAUUGAUGUGACACAUUUUAGUGUGUUUUCAAUAGUUUAUGUAUUGGGUUCAAGGUUUGGGCUUGACAAAAUCUUUGAGAUCUGCUUGCAUUCCUUCUCAAAUGCAUGUUAAUGAGUUUUUGUGACUCCCAAUUAUGUUCUGGAAAAAUAAUGCACACUGUGGCGCUAUUUAUUCCUGCUCCAAAAAGGCUGACUAGCCCUAUUGAAUGGUGUGCUAAUCCUCCUGUGCAUCAGAUGCAUAUCCGCGGCACUAAUGAGUGUCAACUUCUGAUUUCUCGUUUAGAUUCUCCAAGAAAUAUGUCUGGCUUGCCAUCAGACAAUUUGACAUGUGUGACCAUACUGAGCUGUUAAAAUAUUUGCUCUAAAUACAUGAAAGGGUUUAGGUUCACAUCAUGUUUUUGUUUUGUGUUUAACGUAUACAAAAACAUAUACAUUAAAUGGUUGCCAUACAAUGGCAUCCGUCCGUCACCAUAGAGUUCUAUUGUCAAAAGGAAAAUAUAUGUUAACAUAUAUACGUUUUUUGCUAGACUCUGCGGGAAGGAAAAGCGUAGUCUACUGCACUUUUGCAUACCCCCCCCCAAAAGUAUGUUAAACAUAAGACAAACAUGAAAACAUGACGUGAACCCAACCUUGGUGUACAUAUUUCUCGGUUACUCUACCCAUACAGUGUACAGUUGGCCAUAGACUUGAGGUAGAACGAAUGAUCGUUACCCUAAUGCAGCCAUACACAUUGGUCAGUCUGUCACAAAUGCUCAGUGAUACUGGCCAAAGGAUGAGCAAUCUGUUUGGGAACGUUCUUUCACAGGAAAAAAAAAAAAAGUUCAUAGACUAAAUGUGUCCGACUUCUUCUUUUCAGACAACGUUCUCUGUUGGCUAAUCGAUCAUUCGUUGUU